AUGGCGGAUCCGAAUAAUGUUUCGCAGUACAAAUAUUCGGCGAUGUCCAACCUGGUUCUCCAGGCGGACCGUCGUUUUGUAACUCGCCGGACAGAUGAGGUUACUGGCGAUCCGGAGUCUCUUGCGGGUCGCAUUAAUAUCAAGGAUAUGGGCACGCGAGCCUCAGGUGUGGAUGCUACAAAGAUCAAGAAAGCCCCAGUUACCCCAAAGAAUGUCGAACGAGGCGCAAUUAGAGAAGGCGAAGAUGUGUUGCGGCGGGAACAGCGAAAACGAAAGCGGGAGGAGCAAACACAGUUGAGGGGCGUGGGGUCCAAACCAGACGAAGCUGAAUCCAAGCCAAAAGGCGGUGUUCAAAGGGGUGGACUUCAGCCCAGAAAGCUCAUCAAUCUCGAUAAUCUCGUGUUUGAUCAAGGAAAUCACCUAAUGACUAACCCAAAUGUCAAAUUGCCACAAGGUUCAACAAAACGAACUUUUAAAGGAUAUGAAGAAAUUCACGUCCCAGCUCCCAAACCAAAGAAAGAUCCAAGUGAGCGUCUUAUUCCCAUUUCAGAUCUUCCAGAUUGGGCACGUGCCGGUUUUAGGAACUCCCAAAAGCUCAACCGCAUCCAAACAAAAUGUUUCCCGACGGCCUUCAACGAUGAUGGUAACAUGCUUGUGUGUGCCCCAACAGGCUCUGGUAAAACCAAUGUCGCUAUGCUUACAAUACUACGUGAAAUUGGGAAAAAUCGGAAUCCCGAGACUGGCGAAAUCAUGUUGGAUGACUUCAAAAUUGUUUACAUCGCACCAUUGAAAGCGCUUGUCCAGGAGCAAGUUGGAAAUUUCGGCGAGAGGUUGAAGCCUUACGGUAUUCGCGUCUCGGAGCUCACGGGUGACAGGCAACUCACCAAACAACAAAUAGCCGAUACGCAGAUUAUUGUCACCACACCUGAGAAAUGGGAUGUUAUCACGAGAAAAGCGACUGACACUAGCUAUACACGCCUUGUACGGCUUAUAAUCAUAGAUGAAAUCCACUUGCUCCAUGACGACCGAGGGCCCGUCUUGGAAAGUAUAGUGAGCAGGACGAUUCGUAAAAUUGAACAAACGGGCGACCCAGUACGGCUCAUUGGACUUAGUGCCACACUGCCUAAUUAUCGUGACGUGGGCAGCUUCCUGCGCGUUGAUCCGAUCAACGCCCUUUUCCACUUCGAUGGUUCAUACCGACCAUGUCCACUGAAGCAAGAGUUUAUUGGUGUGACUGACAAAAAGGCUAUAAAACAACUGAAAACCAUGAACGAUGUUUGCUAUACUAAAGUUCUUGAGCAAGUUGGUACAAAUAAAAAUCAGAUGUUAAUUUUCGUCCACUCGAGAAAAGAAACGGCAAAGACAGCCAGGUACAUUCGAGACAAAGCUGUUGAGAUGGAAACCAUUGGCCAAAUUUUGAGAAGUGACGCAGCCAGUCAGGCCAUCCUGGCGGAAGAAGCAGAUGCGGUCAACGACCCGGCGUUAAAGGACCUCAUGCCCUACGGCUUUGGUAUACAUCAUGCUGGGAUGAGUUUGGCCGAUCGCACGUCCGUUCAAGAGCUCUUCGCCGACGGUAGCUUGCAAGUUCUUGUCUGUACUGCCACCCUUGCGUGGGGUGUCAAUCUUCCAGCUCACACAGUCAUUAUCAAGGGAACGCAGGUGUACUCGCCGGAGAAAGGUAGCUGGGUUGAGCUGAGUCCUCAAGAUGUGCUGCAGAUGCUUGGCCGUGCGGGUCGGCCGCAAUAUGAUACGUUUGGAGAGGGAAUCAUCAUUACGUCUCAGACCGAAAUGCAAUAUUACCUAUCCUUGCUUAAUCAGCAACUUCCUAUAGAAAGUCAAUUGAUGAGCAAGCUCGCAGAUAAUCUAAAUGCAGAAAUUGUGCUCGGAAAUGUACGCAAUCGCGAUGAGGGAGUUGAUUGGCUUGGCUACACUUACUUAUUUGUCCGAAUGCUUCGAUCCCCCGGUCUCUACAGUGUUGGCACUGAUUAUGAAAAUGAUGAAGCCCUUGAACAGCGACGAGUGGAUCUCAUCCAUUCUGCGGCAACCGUUCUUGAAAAGGCUAACCUUGUCAAGUACGAUAAAAAGUUGGGAAGACUCCAAUCUACUGAAUUUGGUCGCAUCGCUUCACAUUAUUACAUCACGCAUAGUUCUAUGAUUGAGUUCACUGUGCCGAUAACGGAACCGAUGCCGCCAAAUUAUUUCAUCUCGCUCGUCUCGGAUCGAUGGAUGCAUUCGGAGACAAAAAUACCUGUUUCGUUUCAGAAACUUAUAUUACCAGAGCGUUUCCCUGCUCAUACGCCACUGUUAGAUAUGCAGCGGGUACCAGUCAAAGCCCUCAAACGACCAGAGUAUCAAAAUCUCUAUCCUCACUGGGACCAUUUUAACAAGGUCCAAACACAGACCUUCAAGUCGCUGUUCGAUACAGAUGAUAAUGUCUUCCUAGGAGCCCCGACCGGGAGUGGAAAAACAGUCUGUGCAGAGUUUGCUCUUCUUCACCACUGGUCGAAAUCCACACCUGGCAAAGCAGUUUAUAUUGCUCCUUUCCAAGAAUUGGUUGACCACCGUGUGACCGAUUGGCAAACCCGGUUAAGCAAUCUCAAUGGUGGCAAGGCCAUUUUGAAACUUACAGGGGAAACCACUGCCGAUUUGAAAAUUCUUGAGCAAGCCGAUCUAGUACUCGGUACUCCCAUUCAGUGGGAUGUCCUAUCACGGCAGUGGCAGCGUCGUAGGAACGUACAAGCCGUUGAACUCUUUAUUGCUGAUGAACUUCACAUGCUUGGCGGUCAGGGUGGCUACAUCUACGAAGUUGUUGUUUCACGGAUGCAUUAUAUUGCCCUUCAAACUGAAAAGGAACUCCGGAUGAUUGGACUGAGUGUCCCUCUGUCCAAUGCUCGCGACAUUGGGGAAUGGUUGGGAGCUAAGAAGCAUACCAUUUACAACUUUAGCCCCCACGUGCGUCCUGUUCCACUAGAACUGCACAUUCAGUCCUACUCAAUCCCUCAUUUUCCGUCUCUUAUGCUUGCGAUGGCAAAACCUGCCUUUACGUCGAUACUACAACUAUCUCCUGAUAAACCAACGCUAGUGUUUGUACCCACGCGAAAACAAACUCGCUCAACUGCUCUUGAUUUGUUGGCCGCUUGUAUUGCUGCAGAUGAUGAGGACAGGUUCCUACAUGCCGAUAUUGGAGAGAUUUCGCCCUUGCUAAAACGGAUCGACGAACAAGCGCUGGCAGAAUCUAUUUCCCACGGAAUUGGCUAUUACCAUGAAGCCCUCAGCAACAGUGACAAACGGAUUGUCACGCAUCUCUUCAAACUUGGUGCGAUACAAGUAAUGCUAGCGUCUCGAGAUGUUUGUUGGGAGAUCAAUUUCAACGCACAUCUUGUUAUUGUCAUGAACACCCAAUUCUUUGAUGGCCGAGAGCAUCGAUAUAUCGACUAUCCUAUCAGUGAAAUACUUCAAAUGUUCGGAAAAGCUUCUCGCCCUCUUGAAGACAGCAGUGGAAAAGGUGUGCUUAUGGUUCCGGCCGUCAAGCGGGACUACUACAAGAAAUUCCUCAAUGAAGCAUUACCAAUAGAAAGCCACCUGCAAAUAUAUCUUCACGAUGCGUUUGUAGCCGAGAUCAGCACUCGAACCAUUGCAUCUACUCAAGAUGCUGUUGAUUGGAUGACAUACACGUACUUCUAUCGCCGUCUCCUUGCAAAUCCUAGUUACUACGGCCUAACUGAUGUGAGCCAUGAAGGUCUGAGUACGUUCCUCUCAGAAUUGGUUGAAAGCACCCUUAAGGAGCUCUCUGAAGCCAAGAUCAUCGACCUAGAUGAGGAAGACGACACUCUUUCGCCACUGAAUGCGGCCAUGAUUGCUGCAUACUAUAACAUUUCGUUCAUCACCAUGCAGACGUUCUUGCUUUCUCUAUCAGCCAGAACCAAGCUGAAGGGAAUUCUUGAAAUCGUCACUUCCGCAACGGAGUUUGAAACCAUCCAGGUUCGACGCCAUGAAGAACAUAUUCUCCGUCGCGUAUACGACAGGGUACCAGUCAAGAUGUCGCAACCAGUCUAUGACUCGCCACACUUCAAGGCAUUCGUCCUUUUACAGGCACAUUUCUCGCGUAUGCAGCUUCCGAUUGAUCUGGGCAAAGAUCAAGAAAUGAUCGUGGGAAAAGUUUUAAACCUCCUGAGUGCUUGUGCUAUGUGGGACCGGGAUAGUCCGUUGAAGCAAAUUCCUCAUUUCGGCCCUGACACGAUCAAAGUGGCCAAUGAGUUCCAAAUCAAGGACAUCUUCGAGUUCAUGGAAGCUAUGGACCCGUCGGAGAACAAGGACUACGCAUCCCUCGUAAAGCGUCUGGGCCUUGACAAUAAGCAGUUAGCACAGGCAGCGGAAUUUACUAAUAACAAGUACCCCAACAUGGAUCUCGAUUUCACUGUUCUGGACGAAGAAAACAUUACGGCCGGUGAACCGGCUUAUAUCGAUAUCAAGAUUGAGCGGGACGUUGAGGACGACGAGGAAGUGGAUACUACUGUAUCUGCUCCGUUCUACCCGGGCCAGAAGAUGGAGAACUGGUGGCUUGUUGUUGGGGAAGAAAAGACAAACAGCCUCCUUGCCACUAAACGCAUUACGAUUAGAAAAAAAUUACAACUCAAACUAGAAUACAUUGUUCCGACUCCUGGUGAGCACGAGCUAACGCUAUUUCUGAUGAGUGAUAGCUAUGUCGGUGUUGACCAAGACCCCUCGUUCAAGAUUACGGCUGCGGAGGGAAUGGAUGAGGAUGAGGAGGAGGAAGAGGACAACGAGGAGUAG